AUGGGUGUUCGAUUGCACUUAUCCACGUGGUCCAUCACGAGGCUCGCAGCUGCAGCCAAAACUGACGUCCGCCGGAGAAUCCAGGCGCAGUGGGCGAAGUGGUGGGAGCGACAACGGGUUGGAAAGCCUACCACGCGGCUGAUUCCGAAGCCGAAUAAGAAGGUCUUAAGGAUGUACGAGGGCCUGAGCAAGCCCCAGACCUCUAUAAUCAUCCAGAUGCGCACUAUGAGGAUCGGAUUGAGGCAUUCCCUCUUCAAGAUAAAGCAGGUCGACUCCGACCGCUGCGGGUGUGAAUUAGGCUCUCAAACGCCUAAACACGUCCUUAUGGAGUGCUCGCUGCACCUCGCCAGUCGGAGAAUAAUGAUGGAACGCCUCGACUCUAUCGAGGGACUGCGUGGGCGUAUACAGGACUACGACGCAGUCAUGAACCACCCGCAGGCGAUACGCUACGUCGCCGAUUUCAUGCAACCAACAGGCCUCCUACAGCAGUUCCGAUUCGCCACGUUUAACGACGAGGACGAGGAGGUCCCGGAACCCAGCACCCUCCUAGAGGGACUCGAUCUAAACGAGGAAGACAAUGGUUACACAGAACACCAAGGGCCAGUGAGUCUCAACUGGCUAUACGAUGCGCACAUGCAGGAAUACUACAAAUAG